AUGCUCAAUGGGUCAAGCCCCCAGGCUGGCAAAAUUUGGAAGAAGGCUAACCUAACCUUCUCCUUUGAUGGCAAACAUAUGACUGAGACCUUCUUAAUUUGUAACACAGGGUCUCAUGCCGCCAUCCUAGGAUUGAAAUGGUUAGAUGCCCAUAAUCCAGAGAUCAAUUGGAAUCAACGCACCCUUUCCUUUCCCCAUGCACCACCAGAACAUGUAGCCAUUGCUGAAGAGGAGGAAGCCAAUCAAAAACCCCUUGAAGGAGUACCCUCCAAAUACCAUCAAUACGCCAAGGUAUUUGGAGAGGAAGAAUUCAACAAGCUUCCCCCCCACCAGCAUUACAACAUUGGGAUUGAGCUAACAGAAGAAGGCCCCUUGAACUCUCCGCUGUAUAGCAUGACUGACGCCAAAUCCGCCACGCUCAAAGAUUGGCUCAGGGAUGAACUCAAGGCAGGCAAGAUCCGCCCCAGUAAAUCUUCCAUCAGCUCCCCCGUAAUGUUUGUACCCAAAAAGGAUGGUUCCCGCCGUUUGGUUGUUGAUUAUUGCCGCCUUAAUAACCGUACCAAGAAGAACGUCUACCCGCUCCCCUGUCCAGACAACCUCAUGGCCCAGCUCUGUGGUGCCAAGGUCUUCACUAAGCUGGACUUACAUUGGGGUUACAACAACAUACAGGUAAAAGAAGGUGACAAAUGGAAGACCGCAUUCCAAACUAAGUACGGCCUCUACGAGUCCCUGGUUAUGACCUUUGGCUUAACAAAUGCACCUGCCGCCUUUCAGCAUUUUAUGAACAAGCUAUUCAAGGAUUUACUGGAUGUAUGCGUCAUUAUUUACCUUGAUGACAUCCUGAUAUAUUCUAAGGAUGACGCAUCACACACACACCACGUUCAUGAGGUCCUGAAGCAACUAAUGGAGAAUCAACUGUUCUGCAAGGCGUCCAAAUGUACGUUCCACGUCACCUCUGUGGAGUACCUGGGGAUCAUUGUCUCAGAUAAGGGUUUCAGCCUGGAUAAGCUCAAAAUCCAGGCGGUACAAGAAUGGCCAGUACCUACUAAGAUCAAAGAAGUCCAAUCAUUUCUAGGAUUUGCCAACUUUCUUUGUUGUUUUGUUGCCAACUUUAGCCACAUGGCUAGGCUGUUACAUAACCUAGUCAAGAAGGAAACACUGUGGAAGUGGGGCACCAAGGAACAAGAAGCCUUCCAAGGAUUAAAGGAUGCCAUCACCAACGCCCCGGUUCUUUGCCACGCUGAUCCAUCCAGACCCUACUUCUUGGAAACAGAUGCCUCCGGCGCAGCUCUAGGCUCCAUACUCAGUCAACAACAGGAAGACAGUUGCUUGCAUCCACUAGGGUUCCUAUCAGAAUCUUUCAAGGGUGCCAAACAGGACUACAACACCCACAAUAAGGAACUCUUGGUGUUGUAG